ACUACUGUACAUGAACAAACAAAUUCAAAAAGAAAAAGAAAAAAAUUUUUUGAUGAAGAAUUGACAGAAAAUCUUCAAUUUUUAUUUGAUGAGUCAAAUGAAGAUUUAAUAAUGAAAAAUAUAGAUGAAA